UCAUCGGUUUCCAAGGCACGCCGUAUCGAUAAGCGGCUGCGGGGCAACCUACAAAUCUGACCGUAAAUUUCUCUCGCCAUCACUCACUCCUCCAUCCCACCCUCCCGGACUCGACCGGAUUUUUCCUAUCACCCACCAUGGUAUCCGCAUCCAAAGCCGCCCGUCAGGCCAAGCGUGCCGCUGAGGGCAAGGAGCCCAAGAAGACGGCUGCCUCCAAGCUCUCUUCCCGCGCUGGCUCCAAGAACGCCUCCAAGGCUUCCUCUGUCAACGGCGACGAGAACCUCGAGCUGAACGAGGAGGUCGAGAAGCUUACUCUCCAAGAGGACGAGCACGGUCUCUCAGAUCGUGUCACGACCGGUGUGCUCGCCUCGCUCGAGGCGUCCCGCGACGUCAAGAUCACAUCCGCCUCGCUCGUCUUCCACGGUCGGGUGCUCUUCAACGACACCACCAUCGAAGUCAACUAUGGCCGUCGGUACGGUCUCCUGGGUGAGAACGGCUGUGGCAAAUCCACCUUCCUCAAGGCCAUCGACAAGCGCGAGUUUCCCUUCCCUGAGCACAUCGACAUCUACCUGCUGAAUCAAGGCGCGCCACCGUCCGAGCUUGGCGCCCUCGAGUGGGUUGUCCGCGAGGCGGAAAACGAGCUGGCUCGUCUCGAGAAGCUCGCCGAAGAUAUUCUGGAGAAGGAUGGCCCCGAGAGCCCGCUGCUGGAGGAACUCUACGAGCGUCAAGAAUCAAUGGACCCCUCUACCUUCCACACUCGCGCGUCUCUUAUCCUUACCGGUCUCGGCUUCAACAAGAAGACCAUCUCCAAGAAGACCAAGGACAUGUCCGGUGGAUGGCGUAUGCGUGUCGCCCUCGCCAAGGCGCUAUUCGUCAAGCCUUCGCUCCUCCUUCUCGACGAUCCCACUGCUCAUUUGGAUUUGGAGGCAUGCGUGUGGUUGGAAGAAUAUCUGAAGAAGUGGGAUCGUACGCUCAUUCUCGUCUCUCACUCCAUGGACUUCCUCAACGGUGUAUGUACCAACAUGAUCGACAUGCGCCACAAGCAACUCCUCUACUACGGUGGUAACUACGAUUCAUACGUCAAGACGCGUUCCGAGCAGGAGACCAACCAGCAGAAGGCGUACGAGAAGCAGCAAGACGAGAUCAAGCACAUCAAGAAGUUCAUCGCAUCAGCUGGUACCUACGCCAACCUGGUGCGACAGGCCAAGUCCAGGCAGAAGAUCUUGGACAAGAUGGAGGCCGAUGGCUUCAUUCAGCCCGUUAUCCCCGACAGAGUCUUCACCUUCCGUUUCGCCGAUGUCGAGAAGCUGCCUCCCCCGGUGCUGUCCCUUGAUAACGUUACAUUCUCCUACUCAGGAAAGCCAGAGGACAACCUGUACGAGAACCUGGACUUCGGUGUCGACAUGGACUCCCGGACAGCCCUCGUCGGUCCCAACGGUGUCGGUAAAUCCACAUUGCUCCGCAUCUUCACGGGACAAUUGUCGCCCACAUCCGGCUCGGUCUCUCGCCACACUCACUUGAAAUUGGGCAUGUACAGCCAGCACUCGGCUGACCAGCUCGACCUCACCAAGUCGGCCCUCGACUUCGUCCGUGACAAGUAUGCCAGCACCAGCCAGGACUACCAGUACUGGCGACAGCAGCUUGGCCGUUAUGGACUAAGCGGCGAGGCUCAGACUGCCAAGAUGGCCACGCUUUCCGAAGGUCAGAAGAGCAGAAUUGUCUUUGCCCUGUUGGCUAUUGAGGGUCCUAACAUGUUGCUUCUGGACGAGCCUACCAACGGUUUGGAUAUCCCGACUAUUGACAGCUUGGCGGAUGCCAUCAAUGCAUUCAGCGGUGGUGUUGUCGUCGUAUCUCACGAUUUCAGGCUUUUGGAUAAGAUUGCCAAGGAUAUCAUGGUCUGCGAGAACAAGACCGUGACGAAGUGGGACGGAACUAUUGGAGAUUACAAGAACUACCUCCGGAAGAAGAUGUUGUCUGCUGGUGCUGUCUAAGCAGGACUUUGAUGCUUCUCUU